UUUAAAAGAUUGAGACCCGGAAAUGUGCCCCCUGAUAUUUAGCUCCCAGGUCCACCUUCCUCGCAUGGGUCUCUAAAUGCAGUUGUGGAAACUGCCCAAACUUCAGACACAGCCUUUACUAUACUGUUCUUUGCAGUACGCGCUUUGGUGAGCUCUGUAACUGUCUCAGCCCGUCCGCUGAAUGCACGUUCACGAGUUUUCCCACGAUGGAGGAUAUAUCCUGGGUGCCUCCAUCUUUCCAAAUACUGAAUAGAGGCGGUGGCUAUAUUUCUGGGAUCGUGAACUCAGAAGGAGAAUUGGGGACCCUGUUGGAGAACCACAAAAGAGCCACACGCACUUCUUUCAACAAGUGGUAAUGUAAUGUCUGACACUGUGAAAGACUCAAGCAAACUGAGACACCUGUGGCAAGUGGAGGACUACUCUGAAGAUACCCCCCUUUGUGUUACAAAAAGAGUCAUUCUGACCUGUCAUCAUGGCAAAGCACCUUGUAGAAGACCUUCUACAGCAAAGCAGGAGCCUUCUCUGGAGCAUGCCUGUAAGAAAAAGAGGAUCCGGAAAGGGAAGAAAUUGGACUGUCCAGCAAAACUAUUUAUUCGACACGUGAAGAGGUAUGACACAUUUAGUGUCAAAGGAGAUGCCUCCAGAGCCAGAAAAGAAGAUGCCAUGAAGAGGCUAAAGCAAGAAUUGGCCCAAAGAAACCCACCAACCUCGACAUUUAUCCAUGUCAAAAUUCCACUAUUGGAAGCUCACCAAAACCACACCAUUGAGUUAGGAUGUUGCUAUUCACAACAUAUACGCCCUAAAGUGAGGGGCGAAAUCCAGGAGAUGGCAGGACUGGGAAUAACCUCUGUCGCAUUUGUGAAUAGAGCCUCGAAGCAAAAUGUGUUGAUAGACCUGUGCAAAUCCCAUAAAGAAGACCAGACCUACUUCCCAGUGAAACAACAAAUCUCUAAGUUGGAGUUAGAACCUUUUGGCAGAGAAGAAGAGGUGUAUUCAACCGGUGGAGAGCAGGUAGUAGCAGGAAACUGCGAUGAUGACACUUUUUCACCACCUCUUCCAGGCCUGCAGCUGGGUGAAACUCACAGUAACUCGGAAGACACAAUAGCAAGUCAAGAGGUAACAAGCCAUCCGAAUGGAGCAGCUCGCAAAGAGAGAAAAAAGCUACUGAAGGAACUAAAUGGCAUAAGGAGGUUGUCCAACAUGUGUACGGAUACGGCUAAACUGGCAAAACUGAAAGCUGGGAUCAAGGCUCUCCAUGGCAAGUUUAAGAACUCCUUAAAGAAACAACCAUUGUCACCAGCAGCUUCUGCGCGCACACAAACACCAAACCGUGAAAAACAAGACACCAACACAACUGCGCUGCCACUCACAAAGACUGUACAAAGGGGCAGUAGAGACCAUGAAUACUGAAGCAAGCAUUGGCCAGAUUCUUCAAGACUGAAGAAACAGAAAAUGACUGAAGCCGACAUGAUUUAAGACAGAAAGACGUCAUAUGCAAGGUGUUUGUAAGACUGUUUUUCAAAUACUUAUCCAGAGAAGUAAGAGCCUGGGUUUUGUUAUGUCACUAUAUGACUAGAAGCAGACAGAAAUUUUCAAGUGAUUUUAUUUCCAUUCACAGAAUUACAUCUUGGAAUCAGGAGUCCUUUAUAACCUACAGACUACAGAAUCAGAAGGGUGUGGCAGCCCUCUGCACAUACACUUAAAAAGGCUGAUUAACAAGUUAAAUAUAUAUUAAGUUCUAAUUACCAUGUGUCAUCUGCAGUGUCAAAAUAAAAUAUACAUAUAUCCUUAUAAUAAAGUGCCUACAUGGUGCAUGCUCCUUUUUCCACCAACAAACCAGUAAUGAGCAAAAAUAUUCUCUCAAAGCAGAAAAUAUAGAAUUCCAUUUGUUUUGACAAGGAGACCUUAAAAAAUUAAAAAAGCCUUCAGUGAUCAAAUAUUUUGUAAACAAUUGCAACUUGGAACAGCUGAACUUAGUGUGUGCAGUUUUGAUAUUCCAUACUCGUUUUGCCCCAAAGAAACAUACCUUCAGUUCUUCAUUACAACAAACAGACUAUGUGCCAGUUGACAUGGGCCCAAAAAAUGCAAGAUGUGUUCUACAAUAUUUUUCCUGUUUCAUUCCAAAUCACAGGAUUUUUCAGAUUUAACAAACUGGAGAAGACCAACAGUUUUCACAUUUGAAAUCCUACUUAAAUUCUACUAAAAGCAAAGUGUUCCCAUCCCAGAAUGAAUUUGACUGAGUUUAUCAUGGAACUAUGGGUAGUGUCAUCUCGGGGAUGUCAGAAGAGCUUCAGGUAAAAGCAGAGGAAGACUCAGAUUAAGGUGUGAAUGGAGUCACUGUUGUUGUGGAUGCUUGUACUGAUGGAGGUCUAGUUGAUGCAGUCCAUGAUGUGGAUCUGCAGGGAGUCCAGGUCUGGCAGGAUCUCGUUGCACUUGGGACAGGCGUGUUCGGGAAUAUUCCCCUGAUGUUGCCAGUCAGUCCCUGAGAGUCAAAGACACUGGUCACAACCUGAACAUGCUGGACAGAUGUUCCAGUUACACUGAACUAAGACGUUAAACCAUGAUGUAUGUUGCAACAAAUUCCACCAAUAGCAUGUUGAAUGUUAUACUGUAUAGAUGGUGAAAGGAAUAGAUCAGCAUUUGAGAAAUCUGCUUAUUCACUUGCUGAGAAUUAGAGAAGAUUGAUGCGACUCUCAUGUUUGCACACUAAAUAUGAUACUAGAGCCAGAAGCUGGUUAUCUUAGCUUAGCAUAAAGAGUGGACGUGGAGGGAAACAGCUAGCCUGGCUCUCCGAAAAGGCAAAAAAGAAAUUGCUUACCAGAACACUAAUCAGCAAGUUUGUCAAAUUCAUACAAAAACUGAAAUGCAUGGACACAAAUUUGCAGUUUUAUGUGCAGUUACGUGCUGGAAAUAUUUCUUGGCAUGACCAGUGACUUCCUCCAGUCUUUCCAUCCAGACAUGCCAUAUGUGGAGCCCUUGUUGGCAACCUCCACAGUGACAGGGAGUGACAGGGCCAGCCAAGAAAAGGUAUUUCCCUUUGUCUUUAUGCUAGCCUAAGCUAACUGUCUCCUGUCAAACUGUUGAAAUGCUAAUCUACUCUUUUAGGGCUCAAUUAAUCAAUUCAAGACAUUGAACUUGUACAUAGCCUGACAGAAGUGUGCCUGGAAGGCUACACUCAGGACAUAAAAACAAGCACGCGUACCCCUUCCAACCAGAGCAGCGCCGGCUCCGAGUGGAUUCCCUCCCAGUGGCACAUGUCUUCUCUGCAUCUCAUUCAGUGACCGCCUGUGGAGAAGCACCAGAAAAAGAGUUGCAGAAAAGAACUGGGUCCCUGCUGACAAAGGGUUUCACACAUCUGAGUCAGAGUGUUGUACUAAUGUGUCAACUUCACAGUUAUCUUGCAGAAUGUGUUUCCCAGUGUGUGCCUUGUAGCACACAGUGCUGUAUAAAAUACACAAAGCCUCCUAUUAGUUUUUGAUAAUUGGAUAUUUCUUUGUGACCACAGGGAGAGAAUAAAGAAUCA